ACGUCCACGUCCAUUUCUAUCUUCCUUUCCUCCAGGCGAUAUCCACUAUACAAGAUAGAAGGGAGAAAGCACAAAUACGAUGCACAGUCUCUACGCGCGUAUCAACAACAUCACGGCGACGCUGUCGACAUGCAUGAUGGUUCUCCUAGCAGGCAUCGCGUGUUCAUCAUCCUUGUUCACGGCGGACCCGAAGGGCACGCUCAACAUCUCCUCUGUCCAAGUGUUUCCCGGCCAAACACGUCGCAUACCUGGACGUACGCAAGACUUCGCUUUCGUCAACUUCAACCUCACUGCUGACUUGACACCACUCUUCAACUGGAACACGAAGCAGCUAUUCCUGUAUGUUGGCGCCGAAUACACUAAUGCGAAAGGGGUGAAGAACGAGGUCGUCAUAUGGGACCGUAUUGUUCGUCGCAAGGAGGACGCGUACAUACAAGUGCAAGGCAAAAAUAAAUACCCGUUUCGUGACCCGUCCGAAAAAUUCCGGAACCCAGAGCCUGCAGAGUACACGCUGAAGUAUAAUCUGAUGCCGUACGUAGGGCUCCUCACGUACGGUGAGGCUGCACGCACAACACCCAUACCAUUUCCCGAGGCAAAGGAGCGCCUAUCAUGACCCUGCCGCUUCCCUGGAGCCAAUGGAGUGGGGAGUUGGAAUUGCGCCAUUAUUAAUCUAUGGUGGAGCACAAUUGGGUGGGUGGUCUGUGCAGAUAAAUCCAUAUCAUCAUGUCAUGUUUCGCAGUAUUGUGAUGCUGCGAAUGUAACUUCGGUUCUCAUUAAAAUGC